GUCUCAUCCUGUUCGCCACGCAUGCGCACACGUCACCACAAAACCACAUGGCAUGUCACACUUCACAGACAGACAGACAGACAGACAGACAGAUAGACAGGCAGACAGAUCACACGACUUUCAAGUCAGAAGUGUGACAGGCGUAGGUCAGGCGAGGCAUCGUCCCUGGCUUAUACUUGAGCGAUCUCUUUCCUUGUUCAAUGCACUGUAUGAAGGAGGAAAAAAGACACACGCCAUAUCUCACUAGAGGUGCACGUCAGAGCGAUCGAAUUGACAAGCUCACAACAUUGCUUAUCGGUAGGCAGUCAUUCAUCUCAGUUGUCACUGAAACCUAAGCGUCGUGACAACAACGCCAACAAUCGACCUGUGCGUACACGUCUGUACUGUACGUGUCGAUAAAUGUUCCUCUCACUCUCACUUCUCGCUUGCUCCCCCGCCUAUGCACUUCUCCGCUCUCGACACACACACGCGCACCAGUGAAACUUACGGAACUACAUGCCAACUCAAUCUGUGAGUGGCACCCUUCUUUCACCACCACGAUAGUGCAGUGUCAGGAAAAACGCAGUUUUACAUUUAUGAUGCCUUUCUCCUGCCUCGCAACAUGUACCGAGGUACCUUACCAAGCAACUCACUCAGUCACUAGGGUAAGCAAAGACACACACACGCACGCACACACACACCCGACAGCGAGCACACUUGAGACAUGCAUCCCCGUCCCUCCUGGUUUUAAAACAUGAGCGUUACGCAGCCCGGGGAUCGCAUCUCUGCGCUUGGCUGAUGAGCGCUGCGCCAGCAAUACGAACCUCCCCUUCGCCUCGCCUUCGCAAAGUGAACAGCAGCGACAGUGGGCUCGGCCCUCCGGGCCUCGCCUUCGUGUCUCGCCGUGCUAAGGGCCAGCGCCGAGGAUCAGCGGGAUGUCCAGAUUGUCCGGCACCUGCAAUUUAGCCAUGCACACGUGUGAUCACACAUGCAGACACCCUGCGCUUUCAUUGCCCCGUCGUCCGUUUCCCCCUGUACCACUUCGCUCUCCCAGAUGUAGGUGAACUUGCCGACAGUGAUAGAGUACAAGAACAGCCGAUCACCUGAAUGAAUGACGCCACAGACAGACAAACAGACAGAGGCGGUCACACAGGGAAUCGCACACAUUCUGCACAGAUCAGCGACGCACCAGCAUCAUCUAUGAAGUCAACUCCGAGACCAAAGUCCUCCGUCUCGACUUCGGCGGACCCCUGUGGGAUACCGUCACCUCCCACACCAGCGCCAACUUGCACGUACGUCACGCCCAACACACCGAAACCCACUUGAAUGAACACCUCAGUCGAUCGCGGGUCGGGGAAAUCGCCUGAAGGGCAACAAAACAUGCAUACGGAUGGAGAAUACCACGAAAUACCCAUCCAUUUUCGCACCAUUAAGCACAAGCUGGUACCCGUCGGCCCAGUUACCUAGUACAGCACCAAACACAAACACGUAGACGUGAAAUAGGCCCUGGGGGCCGGGACAGGUAUGUCCUUGUUUGUGUUUUACCCUGGAAAUCGGUUUCCCUCUCGUCAAAGUCUCUGAGAACGGAGAACUGGUAGCCCAGCACGCCCGUACUAACGGCGUAUUCGGUGUCAUCGACAUCGGUACCGACGGCCACGGCCACUGACUUGUAGCCCGCAAACACCUCCGUGGCAAGCUCCUCGUCGUCACCAACUGUGGGAUCUUGCUGAUCGUUGAAAUCGUGCCUGUAAGCCACAACGGAACGCAGCGGAAAAGCAAUGCACACAUGCAGGGGGUGCGUGCGGUAUUCUCUCGCAGUAGGCUUGGUGGUCGGGACAAGAGGGAGGGGGAUAAGGAGUGGUGUAGUUCACCUGACGGCGACCUCAGUGUUCCUGACUUUGACUCUUUGACCGUAGUCGCGAUCGAGGAUAUCCACAUUGGUACCUGACUCGACACCACGGGCAACCACCUCGACGGCGGUCUGCCUGUCGUCCAAAUCUUGAUCAACCUAUCACACAGAGGCAGGCAGGCAGGCAGGCAGACAGGGAGGGAGGGAGGGAGGCAGGCAGGAGGCAGGAAAGCAGGCAGAUGAGGCGACUUGCAUGUCUCUCUCCAUGCUUUGCCAUGCGUGUGUGUGCAAAUGUCUGGCCGGUUGAUAUACUUACUCGCACACUGUACGCCCCGUACGAGACACCCACACCGCCCUCGAGGUCGCUCUCAUCGGUCGACACUGACACACCGAGCUUGCCCCAACCCGUGUUGACCGACGUCUCUCGGUCAGCAAAGCCGAUACCGACGCCUGAUGAGAGACGAAGAAUAGACACCGAUAGACAACGUGCUGUCCCGACGACCAGAUGCAAGCAAGCUCACCCACGAAGCCAAAGUCGUUGCCGACCUGCACGGCCGUGUCGCCACCGGCCUCAAUAUCUCUGCCCCACUGAGUAGUUGAUCCACACAGAGAGGACACAUGCGAGUGAGGCGGAUGGAUGGAUGUAUGGAUGAUGGAAAGUCGAGAGCACCCACUGACCUGUACGGCCCAGUUGUCGUAGACGAUUUCAUUGGACACUUCGGUGAUGAUGGUCCCUUCCCUCAAGUUGAACGGGUUCUGGGCAGUGACGCCAAGGGCAGUGGGCAGAGGGCCGAGCCCCUGUCCCUCGAUCUCUGCCGCACCAGGCACCGCCACAGCAGCCUUGGCUUUGGCCGUCGCACGCUGAGAAGACCCAGUCCGUUGGUACUCGUCCCAAGCGUCUGUAGCAAACAGCCGCCUCCUUUUCUUGACGAAGUGACCGCUCCAUUCGCACUGCUCGUCCGUAUUGGUGGUGUUGGGGAAUGUAGCCAUCAUGCACUGGAUUUUCAUGCUGUCGUGGUCCUCGAACUUCAUGGGCUUCACCGAAAAGACGAUGCGGCCAGGCGUCAGAGAGCGGACCCGGAAGUCAAGUACAUCGUCUGUGGGGCAGCCGUUGACAAUCAGGUGGUGGACGCACGAUGGGUUGCUGUUGUAACCCUGUGGGCAGACAGCGUCACACAGCAUGGGCCAAGGGUAGCGGGCGCUGCCGACGACCGUGCUCUCGAACACCAUGACGCUGCAGCGCAGGAAGAAUGGGGAAUGGAAUGGAAUGAAAAGAAAUGAUUGCUAAGCCCUUGCUUACUCGUCGUCGUUCGUAAUAGAGACAUUCAGGUCCGGUCCCGCGAUGAGACCACUGCUUAGCACGCGGCCCUGGGUGACUGGCCUGACAUCCUUACCCAGCGGUUUCUUGCCGUCGAAAGCCCUGAUUGCCUGCGUCUUGUGCUCCCACUGCGCUGUAGCCAUGCACUCCCCGCUUGCUUUGUCACAUGCACAAGUGACGAUGGCGUUGUUCAUGGCACCGUGGACGCGCAUGUAGUUGGUGUGGUACACGUACUUUUCCGUCUCGCUUGUCAUCGUCGCGCACUGGCCAUACUCUGUCGAUGCGAUCAGCGCCGACGCCUUACCGAAGAAACCCUCCACGUAUAUCGCCCGACAUUCUGCGUUAGCAGUGCUGUUGCGGAACCCUCCCCUCGGGUGCCCUUGCAGCACGGGAUCGUCGUGUACGGGAAUCGCUGCACAGGACACACAGGUCAGCAUGAUCCCUCUGUCACCUAAUCCCGCGAUUGUGGUUCACCCGCAGUCAUUUUGGCGUCGCUACACCAAGCAACAGGUGGAAUGUGUUUUGGGAAGCCAGUAGCGUUCAGCCACCGGACAGCUGAAGGUGCAUUCUGGGAGCUCCUUGCGGAUGAAGCAGUGAGGGUUGGCCGGGUCUUGCGGAUUGCGAAGCUCCAUGAUGACAGGGGAGCAAAGAGAAAGAAGAGAAGAAAAGAAGGGAAGAAUACGCGCAUCAUUAUGCG